AGGCGAGCGGCUGACCUCGUUCCUGGCCCGUGAUUGGCUGAGUCGGGGCACGUGACCUGAGGUCGAGAAAGAUGGGCGAGCCGGGCCAGGGGUCAGUACACCUGGUGCCGUGUGACACGCAGGACAUACCUCCGGCUAGCGCAGGCGUCGUCGCAGCCGCCCCUCCCGCCUCCGCAAUGCAGAAGACCUUCUACGAGACAUACCCGGCGCAGCCGCCGGCCUACACCUCCUACUACGAGAACGCCUUCAACAACGGCUACGGCUAUGACAUGGCCGGCGCCGCCUGCGGACAGUAUUACGACGAGUACGUGGACUAUCGCGCAGCGUGCGGCCUCGCCUCCAACAUGAUGCCCCAGCACAUGGUGAUGCCCCAGGGACACCACCAGCCGGAGUACGGGGCCUACAUGGCCGGGCCGCAGAUGGGCUACUGCGAGCCCUCGGCCGUGGGCUUCAACAAGGAGUACAUGGCGUGGGCGAGGGAGGCGCAGCAACAGCAGCCGCGCCCCCAGCCGGGCAAGAAGAGCCCCCCGCCCGUGUCGGUCGCAGCCGCCCAGCCGCCGCCCGUGCAGACACAGGUGCCCACACUGCCACAGCCCCCUCAACAGCAGGCGCCGCACCAGCCCCCACAACAGCCGCAGCAGCAGCCCCCGCCCUUGCAGCACAACACGGGCGUGCAGGGCCAGCCGCCGCAGGUCGUCACGCCCCCGAAUCAACUCACGCCCAUCUCGCUCCCGUCUGGCACAGAGUACGACGGCAGCGACGGCGUCAGCGUGAACGGCAGCUCCGGAGGCCAGGGCGGCGGGCCGGCCAAGCGCGCCCGCACGGCCUACACGUCGGCGCAGCUGGUGGAGCUGGAGAAGGAGUUCCACUUCAACCGCUACCUCUGCCGCCCCAGGAGGAUCGAGAUGGCCGCCCUCCUCAACCUGUCCGAGCGCCAGAUCAAGAUCUGGUUCCAGAACCGAAGGAUGAAGUACAAGAAGGAGCAGAAGGCCAAGGGCGGCACCGACAAGAGCCCCAGCCCCCCCUGCUCGUCGCCCGCCACCUCCAUGCCGCCCAUGUCGCCCUCCGGCGAAGUGACGACCCUCUCCCCGCCCUCGCAGUGCCACUCCGCCAGCGCCUGCCACGGCCCCACGAGCCUCCCGAACUCGUCUUCCCACGGCCCCUCCGUCCAGCGCCAGGCACAGCUGCAGCACGAAGCCCACCACUUCGUCGUCGCCGCCGCCAGCAGCUGCAGCGGCCCCACGCAGCCCCACGGCGCCGUCAUGAGCACGGCCAUGUCCGGCCCCCACGGGUCCUUGCCGCACUACAUGGGGCCGCCGCCCUUCCCGCCGACGUCCAUGCAGGACAUGCUGCCCCUGGGGGUGUCUCAGGCCCACGUGGCGCCGCCCCCGCACAUGCGCGACGUCCGCCACGACAUGCACCUGGGGCACCAGGCCGUGCCCGAGUUCCCCCCGUGCUCGCUGGCCCAGCUGCACCCCCAGCCGCAGAUGACGCAGGACAUGACUAAAAAGUCCUCCGGCGGGUGGGUGGUGCCCAGCCUGCAGGCCCACACGCCCAACGCCGCCAUGGGCAACCUGGCGAGCUUCCCUUCGCCGCCCCACGAGGCCGACGAGAAGCUCGUCUCGCUCUAGGCCUCCCGGGCGGCGGAGGCGCCCUAUGUGACUGGCUGCAAGGACCUCCUCGUCCUUCGAUUGUGGACUGUAAGCUCCGGCAGAUGUUGCCGCCGGAUUCCAGGUUCUUCACGGUCCAUUAGCGCCGGACUCUAGGACUCCCAGCGUCCUUCGCCGAGGACGGGCCGCUACUUCUGGCGGAUCCCGCUCAGCGCGCGAGGGCUCAUCAAGGCCCGUCGUCACCUGUCGAAUUCGAAUCGGGAACUCUAGGCUGCGCUGGACUAGAGAACUUCUAGCUUGCUCGACAACACUGGACUCCAGAAACUCUUGUGUAACAAAUAAACUUGGUGCGUAGGAUAACAACUCCCUGCUUUCUCAGGGACUUCUGUAAAGUGUAAUCUAUUUUAUAUUAUGUACUGAUAAUGCUUCCCAGUCAACACAUCCGAAUUAUAUAUUUGUGAUUAAUUGUAGUAUGUAGCUUGUAAGGUCUUGUCUCUGGGUAAAAUAACAG